GGACGCCAGGUAGUUAUCUCUGCCUAAGCAGCUACCCGAAAUCAUAAAAACCUUCUUUUCUUGACAGAAAUCCCAGAAAACACAGUUUACCAACCGAUAAACAACUUCCAAACAACACGGCAUUCACUGCGCCAUUGAAACAGACGAGCGACGAGCAGACUACACUUCUCAGGGAAACUAGGAUCAAGAGGAAACUCACUCAACGCCAGAGUGUCAGUUGUCGGUUGGUUGUCCAGGUCAAGAGAGCAGAGCAGAUCUCCUUCCACGCUCCCAUUGUAUAAGUUCUCCGGAAUACCUUGUUGUGUUGUGUCCGAUCCAACCCCGCCUGGGAUAGGAGGGGUCGUCACGCUCAUCCAAGGAAGCAAGCAAUACCGGUACUAUUACCAUGCCGCCCAACAGGCCCAUGGUUCCAGCUGAAGCCCUGGAGGGUGCAGUGCAAAUCAAGGUGGAGGUUGAGUGCGACGAAGAGAGCCUGAUCUGCAUCCCCGCGGCCGGCGAGGACGACGAGGAGCAGGUGCUCCACAUCGCGCUGGCGGCGCCGGCAACCCAGGCCGAGGUGGACGCCCUGUGCGAGGCGAUGGAGGGCAUCACCAUGACGUGCGAGUUCAAGUACGCGCACAGCAGUGCACCGACGCGCGACCUGGUCGUGGACAGUUUGUUCAACAAGUUGGCGGAGCACGACUCCGCGCACCAGGCGCUGCGGCCAGGCGCCGUGCUCGUGCGGCGGGUCGGCGGCGAGGGGCUGAUGGAAAUGGAGAUAUACCUGAGGGGCGGCAACAGGGCCCCCGGGCCCUACUAUGGCGGACCCCCUCAUCAACCUCAGGGUGGCAAUGGGGCGCGAGUGCUGGGUAUUGUGACCAACCACUACGACCACUGGCUCCAGCCCAACAUCUGCCCCGGUGAUGAGUACGAAUGUGAAGUUGGGCAGUGCGUGGACUGUGAGAGGGGUGACAGUGCUGAGGUGACAUUCAUCAACGUAGAUAUCCUGGAGGAGGAGGAAGAGGAGGAGGACGACGACUAAUCAGGCCAACAUGAUUAUUGUGGAAAGAUCGCAUGUUUUUGUUGCUUUAGUUUGUUGUCUUCUAUUUUGUAGAUUUUUUCUCGACGUUUGAAAUGUCUCUCCAAUUGUUUCAAUCAUAAUUUCUUGUACGUGGAACCUUCAAUGUACAGCCAUGCUUUCGGGUUGCCACCCUUUUCCAUCAAGUGGUUGUGAUUGAUCAUUGCAUACACUGCAGAAUUCAUUUGAUGUGCUGUUCAUAUUCUGACGUUUCUUUGUUAAUCUUAUUUCUGAAGUGUUUGUAUAACCUACUUUUUCAACAUUUCUGAUUUCCACCUCAUCAUUAUGUGAUACUAUAGAAAAUCCAUGUGUUUUGUAUAUAUAAAUAGAUUCAUAGAUCAGAA